AUGGAAGAAAGCAGCCGGAGAUAUACAGCCUUCACUGUGCCAGGACGCCCUCUGUAUCACUUUGUCGUGCUGCCUUUUGGUCUCACCAAUGCCGCUCAGCGCCUUUGUCGGCUGAUGGACAAGGUGAUACCGCAAAAACUAAGGGAAAAGGUGUUCCUUUAUCUGGAUGACUUGCUGAUAGUGUCUCCAACGUUUGAAGAGCACUUGGUCACUCUGAGGGAAGUUUCCCAGUGCCUUAAGGAAGCGGGUUUGACUAUAGGACUCAAGAAGUCGCAUUUCUGCUUCAAGGAGCUGCGAAGUGCAAAAGAGGUAAGACGAUUCCUAGGAACAGCCGGUUGGUAUCGGAGGUUCGUCCAAAACUUUGCAGAAAUGGCAGCCCCGCUGACAGAUACACUUAAAAAGGGAAAAAAGUUUGAGAUGACCAAGGAGGCCACAGAAGCUAUGAGGCGGUUGCAGGAAGCGCUCAUGACUGCACCUGUUUUGCGACACCCGGACUUAGGCAGGAGAUUUUUCGUCCAAUGCGAUGCUUCUGAUUAUGGAGUAGGAGCUGUUCUCUUUCAAGAAAAGGAUGAGGAAGGCGAACGCCCAAUAGCUUUCUUUUCCCAGAAGCUCAAUUCUUGCCAGCGGAACUAUAGCGUGACGGAGAAGGAGUGCUAUGCAGCGGUGUUAGCGAUAAAACGGUUCAGACCCUACAUCGAAAUGAUGCCGUUCACGUGGCUACUGGGAUUUGAAGCUACUGAGUUCGAAUCGGAGGACUACGUGGAGUUACGAAAAGACAUGGAGUCCAACAAGGAGCAAUUGCCGGAUAUAAAAGUGGUGGAUGGUUUCAUAUUCAAACGGAAUCAGGCGUGUGGUAGUCCCGAGCUCGAAGAGCAUAGCUGGAAGCUAUGGGUGCCGAUGCUUAUUGACUCCGAUGAUGAUCGAGCAAGCACAUUCGCCUCAUACAAAAGCUCAAGGAGGGAUAUGGUGGAAUGGUGGCUCAAGUCCGCAAUGAUGGAGGCCUCGACUGCUGCGGUAAUUAAAUUCCUGACUAAGGAAGUUUUCAACACAUUUGGAGUCCCGGAGGUAAUCCAUUCAGAUAAAGGCAAGCAAUUCGUGGCGAAGAAGUUUGUGGAAAUGACCCAGAGCUACCAAAUCAGACACACGAGAACAGCGAUUUAUUCUCCUUCGUCAAACGCUGCUGAAAGAGUGAAUCAGUCCGUGAUUAACGCGAUUCGAGCAUACUUGGAGGAGGAUCAUCGCAACUGGGAUUUGUUCCUGCCGGAGAUCGAAGCAGCUCUGAGAAGCGCGAUCCAUCAGUCUACAGGGGUUUCACCGUAUUUCGCACUGUUUGGACAGCACAUGUACACAAGUGGGGUCGAUUAUCAACUGGCAAGGAAGCUGCAGUCUUUGGAGGACAGUGAGAUAAGGAACCUACGUCAGGAAGAUAGAUUUGCAUUGCUGAGAGACACGAUCCGCGAAAACUUGCAUAAAGCACACGAGUCUAGCGCACGAUACUUCAACCGGAGGACGCGAGAGGUAAAGUUCAAGCCAGGACAAGAGGUCUUCCGAAGAAACUUUGUUUUGAGCGAUUUUAUCAAGAAUUUCAACGCAAAAUUUGCUCGGAAGUUUCUGAAGUGUAGGAUCCGCAGACCGAUCGGAAACAAUAUGUACGAGGUUGUGACGACCCAUCGUCACAACAACUAA